GACUGACAAUUCAGAGAGGCGAGACUGCGAGAGCGACGGAACGACGACGACCGGCGGGGAGAAUUCGAUAAGAUCCGAAGAGGGGAAGGUGCUAAGCUGCUGCUGCUGCAUUGUAGACGAAGGGGAGAUCGGCGGUUGUCUCAAAUAAAGGAGCACAAUGGGGGAGAAGACCAAGUACAGUAUAAUUAUCCCAACUUACAACGAGCGACUCAACAUCGCCCUUGUUGUUUACCUCAUAUUCAAGCAUGUCAAGGAUGUUGAUUUUGAAAUUAUCGUCGUGGAUGAUGGAAGCCCUGAUGGAACUCAAGAUAUUGUUCAACAAUUGCAGCAGGUGUAUGGGGAAGAUCGAAUUCUUUUGAGACCUCGAUCUGCUAAGCUUGGUUUAGGAACUGCAUAUAUUCAUGGGUUGAAAUAUGCCUCUGGAGAAUUUGUUGUCAUUAUGGAUGCCGAUCUAUCCCACCAUCCAAAGUACCUGCCAAGAUUUAUAAAGAAACAAAUGGAGACCGGUUCUGAUAUUGUCACCGGGACCCGCUAUGUUAAGGGAGGCGGUGUUCAUGGGUGGAAUCUAAUGCGCAAACUGACAAGUAGAGGAGCAAAUGUCCUUGCACAGACAUUUCUUUGGCCAGGAGUAUCUGACUUAACGGGAUCAUAUCGGCUCUACCGAAAAUCAGUGCUUGUAGACAUCAUAAGUUCAUGUGUCAGCAAAGGCUAUGUUUUUCAAAUGGAGAUGAUCGUCCGCGCCUCAAGAAAACAUUAUCGCAUUGAAGAGGUUCCAAUUACUUUUGUUGAUAGAGUGUUUGGGAGCUCGAAGCUGGGAGGAUCAGAAAUAGUUGAGUAUCUUAAGGGCCUCAUCUAUCUUUUGUUUACAACUUGACCAUAUAACUGCUCACUUUCUUUUUUCACAACAUACUUUUUUUCUUCAUGAAUGGGAUAUUUCAACUAAUGCUCAGAAAUGUUAGAUUAAUUUAUGGCAUUGUGAUUGCAAAACCACUUGAGGAGAAACUCACUUUUUGGCAUUAAUACAUCUUUGUUGGGUCA